GAUUACAAUUAUUAUCUUAGGAGUUCCUGAGUAACCAACAUGUCUGUGCCUUCUGUGAAAUUCAAUAAUGGACUGUCCUGUCCUAUUUUGGGACUGGGAACUUGGCAGUCUGAACCGGGCGCGGUGGCUCAAGCCGUAACCGUGGCUAUAGACGCGGGCUACCGUCAUAUUGACUGCGCUCAUCUUUACGGCAACGAGAGGGAAGUCGGCCAAGCCAUCAGGGAAAAGAUCAAACAGGGCCACGUCAUAAGGGAAAAUCUGUUCAUAACGUCCAAGAUAUGGAACACGUAUCACCGUCCGGAUUUAGUAGAAAAGGCGGUUAGGACUUCCCUCGACGACCUUGGUGUGACCUACUUGGAUUUGUAUUUAAUCCAUUGGCCUAUGGCUUAUAAGGAAGGCGACGACCCGUUCCCGGCAGACUCAAACGGCAAGGUGAUAUACUCAGAUGUCGACUAUAUCGACACUUGGAGAGCUAUGGAGAAGCUUGUUGAACAGGGCCUGGUGAAGAGUAUCGGAUUGAGCAACUUCAAUUCUAAACAAAUAGACCGGGUGUUGAAGAUUGCCAAAAUUAAGCCGGUUACAAAUCAGGUGGAAUGCCAUCCCUACUUAUCCCAGCAGAAAUUGUUUGACUUCUGCAAGGCUCGUGGUAUAACUCUAACUGCCUAUAGCCCUCUGGGUAGCCCUAACCGCCCGUGGGCAAAACCUGGCGACCCCCUUCUGCUAGAGGAGCCUAAAGUCAAGUCUAUCGCCGCCAAGUACAAGAAAACACCAGCACAAGUCCUUAUCAGGUACCAAAUCGACCGCGGCAUCAUCGUUAUACCGAAGUCGACGACUAAGGAGCGCAUUAUCGAGAACUACAAUGUCUGGGACUUUCAACUGUCCCGAGAGGACAUCGCGCUCAUCAGCACUAUGGAAUGCAACGGACGACUCAUUCCGCAAGCUGAAGGACGCGCUCACAAGCAUCAUCCAUUUGUGAAUGAAGAAUUUUAGAAAAAGAUUUCAAAUAUUUUUUGACAGGAAUACACGAAGACGUUAAAUCAAAGACUCUUAAGGAAAAUUCUGGAAAAAUAAAGAAUAUAUACUUUUAUCAUUUAUGAUCCAAACAUGAAUUCGAAAACAAAUUCUACAAUCAUUGGUUUAGAGGUGUGCUGGAUUCGAACCUGCGAUCGGCAAGCGUUCUACAACUCGGCUACUACGGCUCCACGAAAAUACUGCAUUCGACUGAAGCAAUACAACUCAGAACAUAAAACCCCACAUCAACGUAGGGUAACUCGCUAACCUAACUAAAUAUAAAUUCGGAAAGCGAAGAACUUUUGCCAAUGUUUAUCGCUAAAAGGAACAUGUCAAUCCACGUUGCGAGCAAUAUCCGGUCUGGCUUGGCUUUCAACUAGUGAUAGACGUUUGAUUUGCCGAAAUCUUUACUAAAAACUCAGAUCUGUUGGCUUCUAUUGCCACGUUUAUUCGAUUAGAAAAAUGACAAAUCCGUACACUUCCGUAUCUAAGGCUGCGUACAAAUCUGGCGAAUAGCGAGGAGCAUGUGCGCACGUUCACACAGAAAUCCGUGCCUUAUUUACAAUACAAUAACUCUUUAUUACACAAAAACAUGUGUAAUAAAAUAAAACCUUGUUGUAUUUACAUACGUUAUUAAAUAUGAAAAGAACAUUGAGUAUUGCAUACAACAUAAGAGACAAUUUAACAUUUUGCAAUCAUUUAUUUAGGUUCUCUUUGUGAACGCGUACAAACUCGAAUAUUUCAAUAAUUCCCAGCCAUAAUAUAAAGACCUAAAAUAUUAUUACAGAAUUUACAGACGUUCUAAAAACACAUUUCCGUGUUUCUCGACUUUACGUUUAUAAAUUGCACGAUGCAUGCGCGGAAAGCAAUCUUAUCACUUCCUAGACAUCUUCGGUGCGGGGCAUUUUUAGUGAUUUAGGUUCCGUACAUUGUCUGAUAGUGGAAAAUAGCUCGUAAAACUUUAAAUUUCCUCGAAUGUGGUUCACUUGGAAAUCAUAUAACUGCUAUUUAGUACAAUAAAGUUUUGCUGUUAACGCCUUCA